AGAGGAAUAAAAACCUUCAGCUGCAGCCUGCUUUACUGGAGGUGUGGGGACUGGAGAGGCUUCCACACGUGGAAAAAAAACACCCAAACCAGGAGCUUUGCUUUUCAGAGAGAGGAAGAAAAUUAAAGUUUGACAAAACGGCUUGGAUGAACUAUACCAAAUGUUUGACUUCUUUAAGAGAAGCUCGUUUUUCCUUUCAACUACUGUCAGUUAGAAACCAGGACUGCUCAGCUGGAGAUCAUGGAAAACCUCUGGAGGAGAUGCAGAUCAGAGACUUUUAGGUAUAAAUUUCUGAGGAACUCUUUGCUCCUUGGUUUAUUCACUGGUGGUGGUGAGGCCCACUGUGAAGGUUGUAUAGAGUACUGCUGUGACGGCUCGCCACCGUUCUGCUGCUCCUACUAUGCCUACGUCGGGGACGUCCUCUCGGGCACUGCCAUCUCCGGCAUCGUGUUUGGUGUGGUGUUUCUGAUGGGAGCAGUGGCUGCCCUGUUCCUCUGCGUGUGCAUGUGCAUGAAGAAUGGACGCGGAGCGCGGGUCGGCGUGUUCAGCACCUCCUACAUCAACACUGUGACCCAGGGCUAUCCAGGUCCUCCACCUCCUUACACCUACGACUAUGAGAUGUACCCACCAUCGCUACGACCGCCACCCUACACCCCAGCUCAGCCUCAGCAAGCCAGCUACUCCCCGCCUCCUCCUUACCCAGGCUUCAGCCGCAAGUGAAUCCCCACCGCUCUGAUCACAUGCCGGCUGGAGCUUCUUUUAUUCCCAGAAAUUGGGGAACAUGGACAUAAAUGGACACUCUGCUCCUUGGGUUUACAUAGUAAAUAUGUUGGGAUUAAAACUUUAGAGCAGUGAGUCAGAAUAACCCUCCUCCACUCACACACACACACACACACACAGUUUUAUUGUGCUGCUGCUGCUUUGAAGCAGAUAUUCUUGUGCAAAGAGAACCAUUAAAAAAAAUGUGGGUCAGGAUUGGAAACGCACACAUGCCUCAUCACAUCAGAAAGACUUAACUUGUUGGCAGCUUAACUGUUCUGACCUGUACUUUCUGCCCCCCUUUGUGCACAUCAAAGAUACUGCCUAUGCUUUGAUGAAGUCCUUGUUUUCAUCAUUUCAUAUCACGAGUGGGAAGCAAAUCAUCUAGGGAAAGAAAAUUCUUUCUCUCUGUUCAUUUUGGAGCUAUUUUGUCCCGUUUUAAUUUUGUUAGACAAGUGAACGUUUUACAUAUCAGAUCUAGACCUGCUUCAUAUUAAACUGAAAGACUUGACUUAAGUAUAUUCAAAAUGCUGACUUUAAACCAUAGGCAGCUACGAAAACUGUUAUAUACUUUCAUUUGUUUUGGGUUUAUGCGCUAUUUUUAAUAACGCGGGGUAUAAAUAAACAGAUGUUUAUUUUAAACUGAAAGUGAUUUUUAACUGUGAACUGAUGGGGCUUCACCCUUAUAAAUGUCAGGUAAAUAUUUGUUUAUUUUACUAUUUACUGCAUUGUAAAUUAAAGAUGUGUUUUUAAAUGCAGACAAAGGAUGUAUACUCUGGUUAUUUAC